UCCUUUUUUUUCCUUGUACAAAAAAGAAGUACUUCCUCAAAGUUUAGUACAUAAAGCAGCUGGCUGCUUAACAGUUUCAGACCGGGUGUGAAACUGUCCAUGCCCCACGAGCGCUUUUAACACUUUUCCGGAUCUCACAACAAGGCACUAUGGUUCAGUACGCGUUAGUGCUAUUCCUGCUGCUGGGUUCUGCAGUAAGCCAGUCACUGGAUUCCCUAACUCUUGAUGCAUCAUGGGAAAACUGGAAAACUACUCACAGGAAGGAAUACAAUGGCCUGGGUGAGGAGGCUAUUCGUAGGGCUGUCUGGGAGAAAAACAUGCGGUUGAUUGAGAGCCAUAAUCAAGAGUAUGAGCUGGGCCUACACACCUAUGAACUCGGCAUGAACCACCUUGGAGACAUGACAACAGAGGAAGUAGCAGAGAAAUUGCUGGGUCUCCGGGUUCCUAUGUACAGUGAUCCUAUGAAUACCUAUUCUCCUGACCCACUGGAUAAACUGCCUAAAUCCAUUGAUUACCGCAAACUUGGUUAUGUUACUCCCAUCAGGAAUCAGGGCUCAUGUGGCUCCUGUUGGGCAUUCAGCUCAGUUGGUGCUUUAGAAGGUCAGCUAAUGAAGACCACAGGCAAACUGGUAAACCUCAGCCCUCAGAACCUGGUGGACUGUGUGAAAGAGAAUGAUGGUUGUGGUGGUGGAUACAUGACCAAUGCUUUUGCCUAUGUAAAAGACAACAGAGGUAUCGAUUCUGAGGAGGCUUAUCCCUACGUUGGAGAGGACCAACAGUGUGCAUAUAAUAAAUCUGGGAAGGCAGCAGAGUGCAGAGGCUAUAAGGAAGUAAAGAAAGGCAGUGAGUAUGCACUGACAUCUGCUGUUGCUAAAGUUGGGCCAGUUUCUGUAGGCAUUGAUGCCAUGCAGUCAACCUUCCAGUUUUACAAGAAAGGUAUAUAUUUUGACCCCAACUGUGACAAGGAAAACAUCAACCAUGCCGUGCUGGCAGUGGGCUACGGUGCCACGCCUAAAGGGAAAAAAUACUGGAUUGUUAAAAACAGUUGGGGUGAAGAGUGGGGAAUGAAAGGUUAUGUCCAGAUGGCCCGUAACCGUAAUAAUGCCUGUGGAAUUGCUAAUCUUGCCAGUUUCCCUGUCAUGUGAAACUAUUUAGACAUAUAUAACUAAACACAAUAAUCAACCACUGACACUAAGCAAAAACACGAAGGGCUGAGUCAUACUUUUAACUCGUAAGAACCCUUGCUGCUUUUCAGUACAUAGGAAAAAAUUGUUGAAGUAGUAUUUUAAAUCUCUUGAUUCAGAAUUAAAAUAUAUACUCUGUGUAUUUAGACAUGCAAUGUAUUGGUGAACAGUUUAAUUGUAAAAUCUUUAUGCAACAUGUACUGUAGCCAAACAUAUCAGUGAAUAUAUAAAUGUCUCUGGUAAGGAUUUGAUGUGGAAUAUUUUGUGUUGUAAGGGAAUUUUUAACCAAAUAAAAAUAAAGUUUCAGAAAAUA